UAUGUUUUCUGUUCCCCGGGGCCACAGUGUUUUCAACGGGACUCAACUUACUACUUACUGGACUCGCCAUGGCCGCUUGACCCAGGCUGAAAUACCCUUCUUCCGUUAUCAUUUAUUCGAAACAUUUGCCCAAAGUUUUUCCAGAUAAACUUUCGUCUUUUGUGUAGUUUUUAUGUCAAGAAACAAGGAUGCAACCCCCACCGAGAAAGGUCCGGGUCACCCAGGAGCUGAAACACACUCACGCAGAGCAGAUGAGCAGAUUACACAUCAAACACCAGACAGAGUGUGACCUCCUGGAAGACCUGAGGACUUUUAGCCAAAAGAGGGCAGCUGUUGAGCGUGACUACGCCCAGGCUCUCCAGAAGUUGGCAAAUCAGUAUCUAAAGAGGGAAUGGCCGGACAGUCAGACAGAAGAACAGGCAGACCACAGGAACAUGUAUUGUGUAUGGAGGGCCUAUUUGGAGGGCACAGUCCAGGUCACCCAGUCCAGAAUCAGUGCCUGUGAUAACUACAAAGUCCAGGUCGCAGAUCCAGCCAAGACGGCCAGACUGCAGAAGGAACAGCAGCUGAGGAAGUGUAUUGAACAGCUGACGGUGGUUCAAGUUGAGCUGCAGGAGUCAGUGAAGGAGCUCACCAAGAGCAGGAAGAAAUACCAGGAGGCUGAGACGAUGGCACAGGCUGUCCGAGAGAAGGCAGAGCUGGACGCCAAGUCCAAAUUAAGUCUUUUCCAGUCCAGAUCCAGUCUUCAGAGGGCAAGCGUAAAGCUGAAAGCCAAGAGGAGCGAGUGCAACUCCAAAGCCACCCACGCCAGAAACGACUACCUUCUAACAUUAGCCGCCGCUAAUGCCCACCAGCAACGCUACUACGACACAGACCUCAUGGACUGCAUCAAGGUCUUAGAUGGCCGAAUCUAUGAGCAGGUAAAAGAUUACCUGGUGUCACUGUGUCAGACGGAGCUGGAGAGUUAUCAGACUGUCCACGACACCUUCAACCACCUCUUAAACAGCUCAAAUGCGGUUCUGCAGGACUUUCACCAGCAGCUGUUUGUACAGAAGAACCUCAUGUUUCAGCAAGCCCCGGAUUUUGUGUACCAGCCCAGCGAGUCAGAUACGGUGGUGCAGCUGCAGAGGGAGAGUGGAACAACAGAGGAGCACAGUUUGGAUAAAGAGGCGAGGAAAUGGGCGAGCCGCGUGGCCCGAGAAUAUAAGAGCAUCAUCCACACCCAGCGGGCCCUGGAGGAUUAUGGGACGCAGGAAGCAUCAGAGCAAAACAACAGUGAGCUGGAGACCAAGAUGGAGGUGGCCAGGCAGAGUCUGCGGAGAGCAGAGACAGUCAAAGUGAAAGCAGAGGCUCGUCUGGACCUUUUGAGGCAGGCGGGCGUUGCUGUCGAAACAUGGCUUAAAAGCGCCAUGAACCAGGUGAUGGAGGAGCUGGAGAAUGAACGCUGGAACAACCUCAGUACCCAUGAUCCUUCACUCUCUGGAACAGCAGAUUUGGAGCGAGAAGACGAGGAGGAGAUGGAGGACAGUGGUGAAGUGUUAGACGACAGCAGCUCCAGCCCCUCAAGCACUUUGAAAAACUAUCCCCUCACCUGCAAAGUACUCUACUCCUACAAGGCAUCUCAGCCGGAUGAGCUAACCAUUGAGGAGCAGGAAAUCUUGGAGGUCAUUGAUGAUGGAGACAUGGAGGACUGGGUCAAGGCCAGAAACCGCAGCGGGCAGGUCGGCUACGUCCCAGAGAAAUACUUGCAGCUCCCGUCUUCCAACAGCCUUCUGAGUAUGCUGCAGGCUCUGGCUGCGCUGGACGCCAGAUCCCAUUCCUCCAGUAACUCCACUGAACCUGAAACCGAACUGCCAACUGGCUCUGUCAACGGAGACUCCAGUGUGUCAUUUGCGAAGGCCCUGUACGACUACGCGGGACAAACAGACGAUGAGCUGUCAUUUCCAGAGGGCGCCAUCAUCCGCAUCCUGAGCAGGGAAACCCACGAGGACGACGGUUUCUGGGAGGGAGAGUUUAACGGCGUCGUCGGAGUCUUCCCCGCAGUUCUGGUGGAGGAUCUCACCGGUGCCAGCGAGAACGGAGAUGGACAAAGAGAUGGCAGUGCACAACCUUCCCCCUCGCCUUUGGCCCAGUGCGACCGCUCCCCUCGCAGUCCCUUCCAGCCAGGGCCUCUCCACAGCAGCCCCCUUCAGACGCCCACCAUGUCCUCUCCUCUGUCAAGUCCCUGCAGCGCCACGGCCUCUCCCAUUGGCCGACCGCCCUCCUAUCACAACGGACAUCACAGGCCACCGCCAGCGCCGCACAAAAGUCCCUUUCAGAGUCCGGUCCAAGGCUCGCCACAACCGCCCAAAUACCCGGAGAGCGGCUCCGGCACCAUUCGACCUGUCCGUGCCGCUCCUCCGCCCCCUAAGCAGCAUCCUCGCGGGCAGGUGAAACGGAGGGAAGAGGUGGAGAUCACGCUGGUGUGAAGGCAGUCGGCACCCUGGUGGUGGCGGCGACGACGGCUCUGUUCAAACCAGAUGGGACCUCAUGGUUCUGCGCCUCCUAAACGCACUCCCAAAGGAAACCCGAGGAAACCCCCAGAAGACGCCUGGAGGCCGUGAGAGGCCUUCAAGUUUGUCCUCUUGUCUUUUCACACAACACCUCAUCAGGGUCAGUGUGCUGUGGAGGAAUAUUGUGCCUUUCUCUAAACUAUACUCCUUUACUCACGCUCCCUUACCCAGUGUUUGUCUCCUAUUGGACUGAUAAAUAUUGUAAUUUUUAUUCAAAGUUAUACAUCCUUUAGUCAAUAUUGUUCACCUCUUCUGCCUGGACAUGAAUCAUUUUACAGUCCUGAUAACAUCUGUCGAUAACAGAAAAUGUGCCGUGAAACAUUAAGUCCUGGUGUCAGUGUUCAGAUCCUCUUUCCUUUCUGUGCCGUCGCUCAUAGUAACUGAUAUAGUGAUUACUAGAGUAUAAUACGACGCCUCUGUUCAGGGCCUCAAAACACAGUAAAACCUGUUCAUGUGAGAAAUUAGGAAAGUCACAUUAAUCCACACAAAUCUUAAAUGUCAAGUUUUGUGACGGAAAGAUUUGUGCUGUUUACUGAUGAUGAUUUUUUUAUGGCUCUACAAGGGAUGCACGAUAUUGGAUUUUUUGCAGAUAUAUAUAUAUAUAUAUAUAUAUAUAUAUAUAUAUA